UUCGAUCGAAGCAUGAGACUGAGAAGACUGAUACAGAAGUUUAUAAACAUUCCAUUUUAAUUCUACCCAACUUAAUUUAAUUCCAAAAUCCAAUUCUUUCUCUGCAAUUCAGAUCAGUUUCAUUUGAUUUUCGGUGAAGAUCUGAAUCAAGGAAGAAGAAGAAGAAGAAAAUGGCUACAAUGAGAGUACCAGACGUGGUUCCUUCUCCAGCCCAAGAUAGUGAGAGACUCAGAAAAGCUUUCGAAGGAUGGGGAACGGAUGAGGAGGGAGUGAUUUGGGUUUUAGGUCACAGAAAUGCAAGCCAGCGGAAGAAGAUCAGAGAGACAUAUCAACAGCUCUAUAAUGAGUCCCUCAUUGAUCGUCUCCGUUCCGAGCUCUCUGGUGAUUUCAGGAAUGCAGUCAUUUUGUGGACAUUGGAUCCUCCAGAAAGGGAUGCGAAGUUGGCCAAUGAAGCCUUGAAGAAAAAGAAGAAAGGAAUUCAACAACUCCAAGUGAUCAUAGAGAUUGCAUGUGCAUCAUCCCCACAUCAUCUGAUGGCUGUGAGACAAUCCUAUUGUUCCUCCUUCGAUUGCUCCCUCGAAGAACAUAUCACAUCCACUGUGACCCUGCCCCUCAGAAAGCUUCUUUUGGGGCUAGUGAGUCCCUACAGGUAUGACAGAGAAUUAGUUGAUCCAAAUGUUGCAGAUUCAGAGGCUUCUGUGCUUCAUGAUGCCAUAAAAAAGAAACAGUUGGAUCACGAUGAUGUGGUAUGGAUACUUAGUACCAGGAAUAUGUUUCAACUCAAAGCAACAUUUGAGUGUUACAAACAAAAGUAUGGGAAUCACAUAGACGAGGACAUAAAAAGCAGUGGCUCUAGCGAUUUGGUAUCCAUCUUAGGAAUGGUAAUUUGCUGCAUAGACACCCCUGAGAAACACUUUGCAGAGGUUGUAAGAAAUUCAGUUGUUGGGCUCGGAACAGAUGAGGAUUCACUAACUAGAGCCAUUGUGACUCGGGCUGAAAUCGAUAUGAUGAAGAUCAGAGGAGCGUACUUCAAUAUGUACAAAACUAGCCUUGACAGUGCAGUCAUCGACGAUACAUCUGGAGACUACAAAGAUUUCUUAGUCACUUUGCUUGGAGGAAGACUCUGAUGCUCCCAAGGAUCUACCUAUAUUAUCAUGAGAUCAACAACCUUGCUCCUAUCUGGUCUCUUUGGCAUUGGGAGCUCACUUAUGGUUUGUAAACUUGGUCACUAGCUAGCAUUUUUUUACUGGUUGCUUGUACAUUGGCUUUAAUGGAGUUUCAAACCAAAAAACUGGAUGCACUAUACCAACUCAUCCAUGGAACUUCUGCAGUUAAAUGGAAAGGACCGAAAUUGAUGUUGUCAU